CUCUGAGAUGAUAGUCGUUUGGUAAACCUUUGUAGACUGAUUUCCUACCAGAUACAUAACUGACAGCAAUUCGGAACAUAAGGUUAUCAACAUCGAAUAAUAAAGAUGACAGGACAACUACACUAGGACAAGGAACAUGACCUUGAACCAGAUCAAUUCAAAGCUGCCGGCCUCCCAAUUUUCAUUUUUAAAACAACUUUUUAAUUUUUAAUAAUAAGUAAACAAUUAGUUUAGGCUGUUUGGCUUAUUCCCAAGCUCCUACUGGCAAAUCACUGGCCGCUAUGCCUUUGGAACUUCAGCCAAAUGGCACUCAAAUCUCAACACAGAAACUUCAUCAAAACCUUCCUCUCCUUCCCUAUUGCCCUGCUUUAUCAAACCCAUCGAGCCACGGAUUUUUCUUGGCCGAUUUUCCCGGGAAAGAAUGGCUCAGUUGCGCUUUUUCCGGGUAUUCUCCGUGCUCUCUAUCCUCCUCUUCCUACCGGCAGCAGCAUAUGCAGUGGAUGAAGGGACCAGGAAGUCACUGGUUCAAUUCAUGAACAAACUUGCCCCACAGAGAGAGCCUGGCUGGGGAUGGAACUUGUCUUCUGACCCGUGUGCUGAUCUGUGGAAGGGCGUGACCUGCAGUUCUCCAUCUCAGACAGUCAAAAAGAUCGUUCUCGAAGGCCUGGAGCUUUCGGGAAUUCUCGACUGUGAUUCCCUCUGCUCAGUGAAAACUAUCAGCGUUCUGAGCCUCAAUGACAACAAUGUGAGCGCAGUCAUACCAGAAGAAAUAGCAAAAUGCAAGCGCUUGACUCACUUGUACCUGAGGAGCAACAAGUUUUCUGGCAAGCUUCCGAAGGGCCUUUCGAGGCUGAAUAACCUGAAAAGGCUUGAUCUUUCUGGUAACGACUUCACUGGGGAAUUGCCAGAUUUGGCUAGAAUUUCUGGGAUGCUCUCGUUCCUGGCUCAGGACAAUCGCCUUGAAGGAGGACUGCCGGAAUUCGACUUUGCAAACUUUGACGAAUUCAACGUCUCCAACAAUGAGUUGGUUGGCCCAAUUCCUGAUGUCCAGGGCCGGUUUGGGGUAGCCAGCUUCUCGGGGAAUCCCGGGCUGUGUGGGACUCCGCUCCCAAAUGUGUGUCCCCCAGCCGCACCACCGAAGAAGAAAGGCGGGUUUUCGUUGAAACGGUUUCUUGUCUAUUCUGGUUACAUACUUCUUGGCCUGUUGAUCAUUGUCCUCCUGGUGGCCUUCAAAUUGUCCCGUAGAGCCAAGAGGAAAGAAGACUGUCGCAAGAAUGUGAAAUCAGGAACGGCAUCGGAAGUUAGCAAUAGCAGAAGCAAUAACAAGUCGAACCGUACUAGUAAUUCCAGCACGAUAAACACCCGAGGAAACAGAUCUGAGUAUUCCAUAACAUCGAUGGAGAGUGGAAUGACUUCAUCUUCGCUUGUGGUUAUGGAUAACCGGUUGGUUAAAAAGGGUCUGAGGUUCGAGGACUUGCUGAGGGCCCCGGCGGAGCUGCUUGGGAGAGGAAAGCAUGGGAGCCUCUACAAAGUCAUGCUCGGCGACAGGCUGCUCCUGGCGGUGAAGAGGGUUAGGGAUUGGAGGAUCUCAAAAGAGGAGUUCAGGAGUAGGAUGGAGAAGAUUGAUCGGGCGAAGCACCCUAAGGUUUUGCCAGCACUCGCGCUUUAUUGCUCAAAUGAGGAGAAGCUCUUGGUUUAUGAGUAUCAACCGAGCGGGAGUCUCUUCACCCUUCUUCACGGGAACCGAGACAGCCAAACUUUCGAUUGGGGAAGCAGGCUCAGUGUUGCAGUUAGCAUUGCAGAGGCCCUUGCUGUCAUGCACGAGUCGCUUCUCGUGGAUGGUAUAGCUCACGGGAACCUGAAAUCCACAAACAUCCUCUUCGAUCGGGACAUGGAGCUGUGGAUAAGCGAAUACGGCUUAAUGCCCGUGGACGAUCAAGACCCCGCGUAUACUCCUAAUAACCGGAAUUCCAGUGGCAGGAGUGGCAUUUUUAGUGCUGACAUCUUCGGCUUUGGAGUGAUUCUUCUCGAGCUGCUAACGGGGAAGAUGGUCCAAAACAACGGGUACGACCUGGCAACUUGGGUCCAGUCGGCGGUCCGAGAGGAGUGGACCGUGGAAGUCUUUGAUCCGACCCUGACCUCAGAAGGAGCCAGCGAGGAAAGGAUGGUAAACCUGUUACAGGUUGCUCUCAAGUGCAUUAAUCCCUCUGCCGAGGAAAGGCCGAGCAUGAGCCUGGUCGCGGCUAUGGUGAGCAAGAUCAAAGAGGACGACGAAAGAUCCCUGACAUGGUCCGAAGCUUGACUUCAAGAUAUAUAAUAUCGAAAUCAAUCGAUCGAUCGAUAAAUUAUCGAAUUCUUUGAUAUACAUCAGCAAUGGAAGAGUUUUUAACUGGAACUCCGUUCAUACUCUUGGCAUUUCUAUGAUUCUUUUUCAAAAUAAUAUUUUAUCGGAUUACUUUCGUUAUAGCAACCGAUAAGCUUGACAAUGAUUAUGAAUCCAUGACAUGUUCAGAACACUUCUUUCUUUUUUUUUU